CAUAGAGUGAAACUAUAAAAGGUCACCGGGAGCACCGGGAAGAUCACUGCAGUCGACUCGGAGUCUUGUCUGUAUCAUCUGUAGACUACAAAGCAAAAACAGCACAGAUCACAAUGGCCUUCGCAGGUGUACUGGCUGAUGCUGAUGUCACUGCAGCCCUGGCUGGGUGCAAAGACGCUGGCACUUUCAACCACAGUAAGUUCUUCAAGGCAUGCGGACUGGCCGCUAAGACCGGAGAUGAACUGAAGAAGGCCUUCGCGAUCAUCGACCAGGACAAGAGUGGGUUCAUUGAGGAGGAUGAGCUGAAGCUGUUCCUGCAGAACUUCAAGGCAGAUGCACGCGCACUGACCGACGACGAGACCAAGAUUUUCCUCAAGGCCGGUGACUCCGACGGUGACGGCAAGAUCGGCGUUGAUGAGUUUUCAGCCGUGGUUAAGGGAUAAAUGUCACCUGACCAACCACACCUGCUCUGAUGGAACAACAAAGCCCACUUCAACCUCCCCCCUUUUCAUCCGAAUAUAGGCUAAAUAAUUUUUAUACAUUUGCUUAAGAGACGUUUCCUCCUAUGCAACUCACUGUCCAAAAAUGAUGGUUGUGAAUGUCGCUCGGUUGUGUUCAUGUCUUAAAAAUGAAUUUUGCUUACUGUAAAAUUUAUGAUGCACUUUCCAGGUACGAACGGUAAAAAAGAAUAAAUCUUCUUUUACAACGGUC